UCUCUCUCUCUCUCUCUCCCUCUCUCCCUGACAAGCUCUCUCUCUCUCUCUCUCUCUCUCUCUCUCUCUCUCCAUUUUCAGAAUGGUUUGAUCACACAUUGUGCAUAUAUCGAUUCACCGGAGAUGGGGAAGAAAGGGAGUGGUGGGUGGUUCUCGACGGUGAAGAAGAAAGUCUUCAAGUCUUCGUCCAAGGACUCCAAGAGAGACGGCAGCGAGAACAACAACAAUGGGGACAGGUGGCAGCAGCACGAAGCUCAAGAAGUCGUGUCGUUUGAGCAUUUUCCGGCGGAGAGUUCGCCGGAACUCUCCCACGACGUACAGAGCACCGCCUCAACUCCCGCUGCCGACGAACGCAAGCACGCCAUGGCGGGGGCCACCAUUGAUGACUAUGAAAUGCAGGCCAAACAUGGGCACCGUGUCAUGGUUGGGUUCAGGAAACAGGUGGAGGAAGAGGAAAACCGGUUGGAUGUGCAAAAUCGGAAUACCGGGGUUGUGUCCGACAGACAAAAUCCGAAGAAGCUGGCCGGAGUGAACCGGACCGGAAUAUACCAAAACUUUGGGAAGGAGAAAGAGAGGAGUGAAGGGAUGGCGAAGAGAGAGAGAGCCCUUGCCUAUGCCUACAGUUACCAGAGGCAAAAGCAAGGUUAUGACCAACCGACCACAAACACCAACACCGAGGGGAUUGGGCUAUCCAUCAAUGGGCCUGACAGGGCCCAAUGGGCCUGGAACUGGCUUGACCAUUGGAUGUCUUCCCAAUCAUACACCGGUCGGAACCUAGGCCCGGUCCCUUACAACCCUCCUCCGUACCCGAACUUUUCGGCAGCCUCCGCCACCACCAUCCCGACGGACAACGUAUCGGAGAAGACGGUCGAGAUGGACGUGAUGACGCCGGCGAGCUUCAAAGGCGACAUCAUGGAUAUGGUAGACCCCGAGUUUAUGUAUUUGGGCUCGAACCAACAAGCCCAAUACCAUAGAAAAAGCCCAGUCCAUGUACCAAGCUAUAUGGCCCAAACCGUUUCGGCAAAGGCCAAGGUACGAGGCCAUACACCAUCUAGCAAGCCUCAGCAUGUGCCUCAUUGGAACUUGUCGACCAAGGCCGGUUCGGGUUGCGAUUCUUCUAGUUCCGGUUAUACCAUUCCGAGGAGCCCCAAUCCGAAAGCCGAGACGAGGCGUAAACCGGUUAGCCCAACAUUGAGUCCGACCGGGGAAGGAUGGAGAACCGGAGGAGGGGUUGGGAGAAGGGGUCGGAGGCAUGAUUUGGGCUAAAACUCUUUUUAAUUUAGGGUUAAUAAUCCAAUAAAUUUGGUUUAUGUAUCUUACUUUGGGAACAUUUUUUGUUACCAUGGGAACUCGUACGUGGACUCUAUUAUUUAGUUUUGUGGUAUUGGUGUAAUAUAUUGUUGUAUAUGAUAUGAUAUGAUGUAUUUAAACCUA